UGAAAUUCUAUUCCCUAAAUGUUCUUAAACAACAGAAAUACGUUCUUCAAAAUAAUGUAAUGAAUGGGUUUGAUUAGUAGAGCGCGCAAUUUUGUGUAAAGUACAUACUCACUCUAAUUCUCAAAACAAUUGCAAAGUGAAAACCAAGAAAACAGAAAGAAAAUUUCAACCGUUUCUGGAUACCUGUUUUCCGGUCCGAAUAUAACUCUUUCAUAGGCAUUAGAAAUUUACGAAGCAAAGUAGAAGAAUCGCUCGAUUUUUAUAACUGAAAAUUUUUUCUCAGCUGAACUAGGUUAUGUUGGUUUGACAUGGACCAAAUCAUUAAUAAUUCAGAAGCAUUUAUAUUAUUUCGAAAUAUACUUGAAUAUACAACUGAAAGGAAAAAAAGGUCCUCAGUAUCAUCUCUGGAUGAACCUGAUGUUGUUUACGACAAGGACGAAAAGUCCUUUAGAGAUUCAAAAUCCAACUUGGAAGGAACCAGUGAAUCAGUAAAGUCUACAAACUUGAUUACGUGGGAAGAUGUUGAUAUCUCUGAUCAUCCAAAAGAAUGGCCAACAUUACUAAAGAUUUAUGUUACCACUUGUGUUUGCUUGCUAACAAUUGCUACUUACAUGGGAGCAUCAAUCAUUACCUCAGGACUAGAUGAAAUAAAAAAUGAUAUGCAUGUUGGACAUGUUACUGCCAUGCUUGGACUUUCUCUCUUCAUUGUUGGAUACUCCGUAGGCCCAAUGUUUUUCGCCCCCCUCACUGAAAUUCCCCAGGUUGGAAGGCAAAAAGUCUAUUUGAUUACCUUGGUUAUUUACAUAUGUUUACAGAUACCUACAGCUCUUUGCUCGGGAAUCGGUGCUUUGCUUCCUUUGCGCUUUUUAGCUGGAUUUUUCGGUUCUCCAGCACUUGCUGCUGGAGGUGCUACGAUCACCGAUAUGUGGGACAGCAAGUACGCUCAGUAUUUUGUUACCUCAUGGUCACUAUGCGCUUUUAGUGGUCCUGCGCUGGGUCCUUUAUUUGGUGCUAUCAUGGUGGUCGCUAAAUCUUGGCGAUGGCAGUUUUGGUUUUUAAUGAUGCUUUCUGCAGCUGUAUUUAUUCUCUUCUUUGUUUUUGUUCCUGAAACAUCAGCUUCAAAUAUUUUAUAUCGUAAAACCAAGCGUUUACGAAAAACAACAAACAAUUCCCUCCUCCAAACACCAGAAGAGCUACAGUACUCUCAACUAAAAAUCACUAAGUUGCUAACGGAGAUUUUUCUUCGACCAAUAAUUCUGAGUAUUCGUGAGCCAAUUGUUUUAUCUCUAAACCUUUACCUUGGCUUAGUUUACUCUCUAAUGUAUCUAUGGUUUGAAGCUUUCCCUAUUGUUUACUUGGAACUUUACCAUUUCACUUUAAUAGAAAAUGGGCUAACUUAUUUGGGAAUUCUUAUCGGUACACUUUUACCAACACCAUUUUACUUCUAUUAUUUGCAUAAAGUAUUGAUUCCCAAAUUGACCAAUAAUUCAGGACGUAUAGUACCAGAAGAGGUUUUGCGAGUGUCAUUCCCCGCGGCUUUCUUUUUCCCAGUAUGUCUUUUUUGGUUCGGUUGGACAGCUCAGCGUUCAAUCAAUUAUUUUUCUUCACUAGUAAGCACCUUAUUAUACGCUGCCGGAUCUUUUCUUAUUUUCCAAACUUGCUAUCAAUAUCUAGCUUCUUCCUAUCCCAAUUAUAUUGCUUCUGUCUACGCAGGGAAUAAUCUUUGUCGCUCUUUGAUGGCAGCUAGCUUUCCACUGUUUGCACGAGCAAUGUUUAAAAAUACAGGUCCUUCCUAUGCUCCUGUUGGUUGGGGUUGCACCAUACUAGGUAUUAUUACUUGUAUAAUGUUUCCUAUUCCCUUUUUUUUGUAUACCAAUGGGUUAAAACUUCGGACGCGGUCGAACUAUGCUACUCAUUAAAAAUCCUCAACUUACCAUUUUACUAUUCAUUUAUUAAUAGACACUUCACUACCGUAGAUGUAUUUAAAAUAAUAUUUUAUUAGUUUCCUUUUUC